AUGGGUAGUAAUCAGUCGCGAAAUCAUCCACGAUUCGAUACUUGCACAUGGGACACUUUUAUCGAGAACAUAAGAGAAAUUAACAGAAGGUGAGUCAUUUUUCGUAUAUUUAGACUAAUUUUUGCGUUCCAGUUACCGCAGCCUACUCGUGGAAAACGGAGAAUACUUGACUUUUGCGCUCCGACGUGAAGCGAUGGAACGAGGGCCGUAUGAGGGCUGGCAGAGGGAAAUCGAGAUUAUUUGCUGCAAGGUUCGUCGCAAAAUCAUUAUUUUGCUGAAUUAUCACAACAAGUUUUCAGGUAAACGUCAAGAGCAAAUCUGUGAGAACCAUAAAGACGUUGACGUUUCGUGAAUUUUCGUCGGCGUAUGAUCUUCAAAAAGUAAUGCUCACAAAAAUGGAAUCGCAUGCAACUGCAGAUCCGAUGACAACGACCCAGUUCAUAAUGACACAGACGUGAGUUUUUGUUCGACAAAUGUGCAAAACAAAAAAGCACUAGGGAUCUCAGGUACGGAAAACUAAAGGAAAGAUGCGAAAAGGGAAAACCCAGACUUUUCGGGGCCGGGUCGCGCCGGUGUCUAGACAUUGGCAACCUUGCAAUGAAAAUUCGACCAUGCCAUCAUUUUUGUGUGUUGUUUUUCAAUUGGCCGAGGUGUGAAACCUCGGCCGCAUGGCCAGGAGAGAGGGAUUGCCACGUUUUGCAGGGCUAAUAUCUCUCGAGUGAAUAAUCCGAACGGUCCGAAACUUGGACCUGAUAUACUUUAAUUCAAUUCGGGAAAACGAUUUUGUACUUGUCGCAAAUCCCCCACGUGUAAUCUGUUUCCUGAGUAUCAUUAUUUAAUCUUGUAUUUUCAGAUCCGACGUGGAGGGCAAUUGCAUUAUUUGCAUGGAGAACCUCAACGACGUAAGCUAGAACUUUUUCUGAAACCUAACAAUAGUCUAGUCUUCAAAAUUUUAGACCCUUCUCCCUUGUCUUCACUCGUUCUGUAUAAGGUGUAUCAUCGCCGAACACGAAUACCGCACAGACUUCUCAUGUCCAAUUUGCAAGACGAAAUGCGCCAAACCGAUCGAAUCAUCAUGGGAAGUGCCAGAUGUGCCGGAUCAGGAAGAGGUCAAGAGUUAUUUGAAGGAGAUUGGCGGCGGAUCGACUUUCUCGUAG